UCGCGGACAAGAGGACAAUUACCCACAAGUGCAUGAGUAGUGUAAGAGUCACAAGCAAGAUCAAUGACAUAGCGUAAGCAACGCCACAUCUGAUAAGGGCGCAGGGCGCGCACACUGCAGUGGGUGUUGGUGCCCCGAGACGCGCUAAAAAAUAACUUUGGGAUGGCCCGUGGAGCUUUCUUCUGUCACAGCGUCAUAACUAGUGCUCCUGAACUGGACCGCCGCCCGCCCGCCCAGAACAUGCGCACGCCCGCCUUCUCGCGCUUCUGGGAUUCCAACGACCUGCCUCGCACCGAUUCGAGGUAACGGCCAUGGCCGCCAGCAAAGAGAAUGUGCCGGAUGCCGACGGCGUGACGCUGGUGCAGAAGAUGCUGUCGGCGACCACGGGCAGCGUCCUGACGUCGCUUCUGGUCACGCCGCUCGAUGUUGUGCGCGUCCGCCUUCAGUCGCAAGCGCACGUACCGACGCCUGCGCUCCAGCGCCCUUCUACCACCUUGUCCGCUGGGUCGCUCACCCAGUUCCGCGAUCUGCACCCGAACCUCGGGAUCACAACAUGCUGCAGAGAGGUCUUCUGGUCGAGCAAUGCCGCGCCCGUGUGUUUCGCAGGACCUACAGUGGCACCGCUGAAUCCGGCCGAUGCCGCAUGCGCUGUGGAAGAGGUGGAACGGCGGACAAUCAACAGCACCUGGGACGGUUUGCGCAAGAUUUCGCAAAAUGAAGGGCUGCCCACACUAUGGAGAGGACUUUCGCCGACGUUGGUCAUGGCUGUCCCUGCCAACGUCAUCUACUUCGCCGGAUACGACUGGAUGCGGACCGCGCAGACCUCGCCGUUCAAACGCAUGGUGCCCGACGCGUACAUACCUUUGGCUGCGGGAGCGACUGCUCGCAUCCUCUCCGCAGUCGCUGUCAGUCCCAUUGAGAUGUUCCGGACAAGAAUGCAAGCAGCAACACACACAGCCACGGCUGUUGGCCAUUUCCGCGAAACCAUGGACGGCCUGCGGGAGAUGGUGGCAGACAGAGGAGUCCGCAGCCUGUGGAGAGGCCUUACGCUGACUCUGUGGAGAGAUGUGCCGUUCUCUGCCAUCUACUGGUGGGGCUACGAGUAUGGCCGCAACGCCAUCACUGACUUGCGCGGCCGAACACAAGCCAGGAAUGACGGGUCAGAGUUCCGCAUGGGCCGAGGCGAAGAAAGAAUAAGGAGAAGGAGCCGGUCGCGCAGCCGGGAGAACCACACUGAGACCUUGGUGGACAGCUUUGUCGCCGGCGCAGGAUCCGGCGCAGUGGCGGCUUUUGUGACGACGCCGUUUGACGUCGGAAAGACAAGGCAGCAGGUCUUGCACCACACGAAAGAGGAGGUAGGCUCGGCUGCCAGAGCGCUUCGACCGGAAGAGCAGUCCAUGCCACGGUUCCUCUGGCAUAUCUUCAAAGAGCAGGGAGCGUCGGGAUUGUUCAAGGGAUGGACAGCCCGAUGUCUCAAGGUUGCACCAGCCUGCGCAAUCAUGAUCAGCAGCUACGAAGUAGGCAAGAAGAUGGCGACCAGAGUUAACGAAAGACGAGGCCGACUGCGUGAAGACGCAUAGUCCACCCCUAGGUGCACCAUUACACGCUUUAUACUACAGCUUCGCGGCUACACUUGUAUGUUUAAAGACUUUGCAUAUUUCGGUUUGGCGAGAGGGGCAAUUCUACUCCCGUCUGCAUGUGGUGGCGUUUGGAUAGCGGCAGCCUGAUUUUGCGUUUACGUUUGUAUGAUACCAGUGCAUCUUGGUUAUGCAUGUACAAUAGUUUGCAUGGUUGGUUCUGGAAGCAAAAGCGAAUAGAGAGACCUGACCACUCGUACUACAACAAUCGACAUG